AUGGCGAAACUAGGAAAUGAAAAGAUCACUUGGAUAGUGAGUGUGGUGUUCUGCUUCUUCUUGUCUUUGGUGCUUGCCAUGGCCACCACUGGCGAUGGUGCAUCUGGUAAGGAACAUGAGGUUGAGAGGCUUUUGAAGAAGUUGAAUAAACCAGCUGUUAAGUCUAUUAAGAGCCCUGAUGGUGACAUAAUCGACUGCGUGCAUAUUUUAAAUCGGCCAGCUUUUGAUCAUCCAAAACUGAAAAAUCACAAAAUUCAGUAUGCUGUAGCUGAUUUGAGGGGAGAUAGGUAUUAUGGUGGCCAUGCAUCUAUAAACAUUUAUGGAAGCCCCUUGUUCAAGAAUCCAAUGAAUUUAGUCUCUCAAAUUUGGAUUGUGAAUGAUGAUGAUCCGAUUAAUGUUGAGACCAUCGAAGCUGGUUCGCAGAAUGACUCAUAUCAGACUCAAUGUUAUAACCUCAAUUGCCAGCCUGGCUUUGUUCAAGUUCAUAACAAAGUAGCGGUGACAAGCAGCCUAGAACCAUCUGUCUAUUAUGGAUCCCGAAACUGGAAACUGGUGGAUGCAAGUUGGGGUACAUCUACAGGAUAUUGGCCAGCUUCUUUAUUCGAUCGCAUGUCUGAGAGUGCAUCAAAUGUAAAGUGGGGCGGUGAAAUAAUAAACCUGAGAUCUGAUGGGCAACACACCACAACAGGCAUGGGAAGUGGCUAUUUUCCUGAAGAAGGUUAUGGGAAGGCUAGCUUUUUCAAGGAGCUUUCUAUUGUUGAUGCAAAUAAUAAUCUUGUCUCUCCUAAAAACUUUGGCAUUAUCGUUACCAAUCCCUAUUGCUACAAUAUUACCGCUUAUGACUAUUCAAAUGACUCGGGUGUCUACUUCUACUAUGGCGGUCCUGGGAGAAACCCAAAUUGUCCGUAG